AUGCCUUCUCCUACCUCCCGUACACGUUCUUCCUCUGCUUCCUCCUCCUCCUCCUCCUCCUCUUCCUCUUCCUCCUCUUCCUCUCCUUCUGUACCUGUAGCUACCCCUGCCGUUGCCGCCGCCGCCGCUGCUGCACAACCACAGCCUCAAUCCAUUGACCCCAGCCGCACCCAGGAAAAUCAGGAACAACACCAGCAUCAUCCACCUCUACCACCUAUACCUGUACUAGUACUGCCGCCGCCGCCGCCGCAACAGGAACAACAGCAAUCCUACAACAGUCACAGCAACUUCCACCACCUCCAACAACACCACCAGCACCAGCACCAGCAGCAGCAACAAGAACCCCCCUCCAGCCCCACGUUUAAACGCAAAAACGGCAAACAGCGUCGCCGCCGUACACGCCGCGGCUCAACCGCCAUCAUCGGCGACAUCCUCGUCGACAACCUCAACGUCCCCAGCGGAAACCAAGCAAUGGGCAGCCCCAGCUCCCACCACGGCGGCGGCGGCCACUCGCACCCGCCGCUCGACCCGCGCUCCCAGCUCUUCCACCACCACAACAUGAGCACCACGUCCAUCGGCAGCUCCGUGCUGCUCGACCACCGCGACCAGCAGUCCAUGCGGCCCCGCCGGCAGAGCACGCAGCUCAGCAGCGCGUCGGCGUUCAGCGGGAUCAAGCAGCGCAGCCCGCUGAACAGCACCACUUCUGGCGGGGGUGCGCCCAGCGGCAGCGCUGCUGCGGGGAACCUGCUCUCCGCGGGGAAGGGCCGCACGCCGCGGGCGGAGCGAGGACGCUUCUCGUGGAACCAGGACGGGAAUCACGAUGACGAUAGCGACAAUGAGAAUACGCCCUUGAUGGCGCAGUCCACGAGGUCCUUGGGGAGCAAUGAGACGAGCAUCUCGCCCGUGUUCUCGGGGAAGCCGAAGCGGUCGAGGCCGUCGACGGCCGAGUCGGGGAGCGUGGGGAGGCGGCCGGCGAUCGUGCUGCCGCCCCAGCAGGCGGGUAUGGGUAUGGGUAUGGGUAUGGGCGGGUAUGGGAGCGUCAAUUUCCCGCCGUCGGUGCCGGGGAGCCCGAGUUUGGGGCCGCAUGGGCCGUUGUUGGGCAUGGGCAUGGGCAGCCAGAGUGAGUUUGUGAAUGACCACUUGGGCAUGCCGAGUAGGUUGCAUGAUAACGAUACGAUCAUUACCAUGGAGGAUGGCGGCAAUGAUCACUUGUAUCCUGAUUCGCACUGUCAGACGCCGCCGCAUGAGAUGGGGCCGGGGCAUCGGAAGACGACGGCGGAAGAGGAUGUUUGUUUCCCUGUGGACGACGGACUCACGGACGACGAGGUUGCCACUAUCCAUGGCGAGGUCCGUACUCGGCCCCGGCGUCGGACCCGGGAGUGGCCCGACUUGGCGGUGCUGGAGGAAUGGAGUAGGGAUGAGAAGGAGGAGAGGAGCGAGGGGAUCAGGGCAAAGAAAACGUCGGAGCCAGUCUAUGUGGGCGGGAGACUGAGGGCGCCGCAGAGAUCGGGCUGGCAUAGGGAGGUGGAUGAUGAGCCCUAUCGGUUCACGUACUUCAACGACGAGAUCCCGGCGACGAUUCAUUCGCAUACCAUCUCUGAGCUCUUGCAGCCGGGCCAGACCUUUAAGGAUCUGUUCAGGCCGGAGCCUCGGGUCUUGGACGAUAGCUCUGACGAGGAGGAGGAUGAGACCCAUGGGUACUCAGAGGCCGAGACUAACAAUGGCCGGGCAACAGCAAACGGGUCUCCCGCACCCGCGCAAUCAUCCCGCUCCCCGAACCACCCAAACCCCAACCCCGAACCCCAGCGCGUAGGCCCCCGCCCAACCUUCUGGCUCGACGUCAUGAACCCCACCGACGCGGAAAUGAAGGUGUUCGUCAAGACCUUCGGCAUCCACCCGCUGACGGCAGAAGACAUCCUCAUGCAGGAGACGCGCGAGAAGGUCGAGCUUUUCCGCAGCUACUACCUCGUCUCGUACCGCACGUUCGAGCAAGACAGCAACAGCGACGACUACCUCGAUCCCGUGAACCUGUACUUUGUGGUCUUCCGCGAGGGCGUCAUCAGCUUCCACUUCUCGCUGACGCCGCACCCGGCGAACGUGCGCCGGCGCAUCCGCCAGCUCAAGGACUACAUCACGGUGUCGGCCGACUGGAUCUCGUAUGCGCUGAUCGACGACAUCACGGACGCGUUUGCGCCGCUCAUCCAGAACCUCGAGGAGGAGGUCGACGACAUUGAUGAUGCCAUCCUGCUGAUGCAUCUGUCGGAGCCCGGCGCGGAUAAGAAGAGCUCGGGCGGCACGCAGGGCGGCGAGGACGAGACGGAGCAGAAGAGUGAUGGGGAUAUGCUGAAGCGCGUGGGCGAUAGUAGGAAGAAGGUGAUGGGCCUGUAUAGGCUGCUGCAGAAUAAGGCGGAUGUGAUCAAGGGGUUUGCGAAGAGGUGUAAUGAGCAGUGGGAGGUCGCGCCGCGGAGUGAGAUUGGGCUCUACUUGGGCGAUAUUCAGGAUCACAUUGUCACCAUGGUGGGAAACCUCAACCACAUGGAGAAGAUCCUCUCGCGCUCCCACUCAAACUAUCUCGCCCAGAUCAACAUCAAGAUGAACGAGCGCCAGGAGCAGACCGCGGAUGUGCUGGGGAGGCUGACGGUCCUGGGUACGAUUGUGCUGCCGAUGAACAUCAUCACUGGCCUGUGGGGUAUGAACGUCAUGGUGCCGGGGCAGGAGAUCGAGAACCUUAACUGGUUCUGGUGCAUCACUGUGGGACUGCUGGGCUUUGGCUUCUUGUGCUACUUUAUUGCGAAGAGGGUCUAUAAUAUCAUGUGA